AUGCAUUACAGCCAGGCAAAAAGCACUCGAAGGGCCCAGCACAGAAUCACCAGGCAUGUGAGCUGGAAAGAGUUGGGGCCACAUUUAGCCCCUGAGCCUGUGCUUCCACACUCCUGUCUUACUCCCACCCCAACAUGCAGAGGCUUUGGGGUAAUUUGGGAAUGGUUGAGGGACUUGGGUAUGUUCAGCAUGGAGAAGACUGAGCGGUUGGCCACCUUCAAAGAUCUGAAGGGCCGUCACACGGAGGAUGGAACAGGUUUGUUUUCCGCUGCUCCAGCAGGGAGGGCCCAAACAAAUUGA